AAUCGUGCUUUCAAACGGUGCGGAUGUCCUGAUCAGCGGUGUUAUCCUGUGUCGUUCGUCCUGUUCGUCGAUUGUCGUUGGUCGUUGUCGUUUGGUACCGUUAUCGCGUCCGGACGUUUGCGCCAGUGUGUGCCCUUUUAAGUAGGCAACACUUUUGUAAGACUCGAAUUUAACUCUGCAAUUAACCCAAAACAGAAUUACCAAGGAGCCCGGCUCCUUUAAUUAUUUAUAUUCGGUCCUUUCCCUCGCAUUCGGUUAAGUGUAUAAUUAGGUGCGCCGUCGAAAAUUCAAUCAGUCAAAGUGGAAAAGAAAUCUAUAUAAAAAAACGAGUGCGUCUGUGUGUGCAAUAAAAAAGAGACAGGCUCGAAUGAUAACAGUCGUAAUCAAAGGCUCUCGGUUGGCCUUUGUCCUUUGUUGAUUUUGCCGUGAAUUCGAUUGCCACUGUGCAGCUUAAAGUGUAUUUCAACGCCAACACUAAAGCAAAUUAUAGGCAAUAUUUUACAAUUUUAAAAAAACUGAAAUACAAAAGUAAGGAAACCCAGAGGUGUCCAAAAGAAGCUAGUGGCGAAGCGAAGGGUUUGAGCGUUGAGAAUCUGCAUGUCAGCGAAAAACCCACCGAAAGGCGAAAGAUUCCAGAUCGAUUAUAGCCACAACUUCUGAUCAAUCAGCGUAUCCAUUAAGAUGCUCAGUUCGCUGGACGCGCUGGCCGGCAAAAUAGCCACUGCCACGCCCGGAACGGGGGCGGUGACGGCGGACAGCAAGAAUACACAGUCGCUGCACCACCACCACCGCCUGGACUACGAUUACUCAGCGGUCGAGAUCGAACCACCGGCGGAACAACUGGCCAAUUCCCCGCGCAGCGAACGGGAGCGCUUGCAGCAGGCGCAACAGGCCUACGAGCAGCAGGCCCAGGCGGAACUGGAGUUCGGCCUCGCGGAGGUGGAUGCCAAGUUGACGCAGCUGAAGAGCAGCCACAGUCUGCAGCAGCACCACCACCACAACCACAAUCACCACCAUCCGCUGCAGCGCCAUCCGCUGCCCCACCACCAGCAGCAGCAGCAGCAGCAGCAUCAGCAGUUGCACCACCAUCAGCCCCACCACAACCACCACCACCAUCAUCCGUACCAGCGACCCAGAGCCACAUCGCCACCGCAUCAGCAGCAACAGACGUCCUCCUACCAGCAGCAGCUCUCCCAGCUGGCCGCUCUGCAGGAUCACCACGAUCUCCUCCAGACGCAGCAGGAGCUGUUCAACAAGCAGUUGGCCACCAUGCAGGAGUACCAGCGGGAAAGGGAGCGGGAGCGGGAGCGCGAAAGGGAGCGGGAGCGGGAACGGGAGCGGGAGCGGGAUCGCAGCAGCUUUAUCGAUAACAGCGACUACGAUUCCCAGACGGAGUUCAAAAUUUGCCUGAGGGAUAGGUGA